AUGUUUCAUGAAUAUAAUGAACCUUCUAACACAAAAAUACUCAAUAUAUCUUUAUUAGGGAGUGAUCGCAAAUUUUAAGUUUCUAUCUAUGGAGAUACUUCACUAAAAGAAUUGAGACAAUUAUGUGAAUAGAAACAUUAAAUAAGUUUGAGACAUUUUCGAGUAUUUACAUAAGAUGGAGUGGAACUAUUUAAUGAAGAUUUGAUUUACUUAAAAGAUAAUUCAAAAUUGUAUAUCACAAGAGGUGAAGAUUUUGAUGCAAAUAUUAUUCAUUAAGAGUAUGAGAUCCUUGAAUAAUUGGGUAAAGGAGGAUUUGGUAAAGUGUUAUUAGGUAGACAUAAAGAAAGCCUAAAUUUAGUUGCAAUAAAAUAUGUAAAUACUAGAAAUAGAGAUGCAAAUGAUAUUGAAUUGGUAUUUCGAGAAGCAUACUUAAUGAAAUCACUUAAUCAUAAACAUAUAGUAAAAUUUUAUAAUUGUUAUCCACUAUCUAAUAUGUAGGUUAUAGUUGUAAUGGAAUAUUUAGAAGGUGGUGAUCUCUAAAAGUAUACUCAAGGUAUUUAUAAUAUUUAAAUCAAGCUAAGGGUUAAUUAUGUGAAGAAGAGGCUAGAAUGUAUUUUAGAUAGAUUUGUGAUGCUAUGAUGUAUUGCCAUAAUAGAAAACUUAUACAUAGAGAUCUCAAACUUGAAAAUAUUAUGUUUGCUAAUAAGAAUGAUACUUUAAUUAAAAUAGUUGAUUUUGGUAUUGCAGGAAUGGCUGUUAAUAGCAAUAUGGAUAAAUUAAAUAUUGGAACCAUUAGAUAUAUGGCUCCUGAAACACUCUAAGGAAAUAAUUCAAAAAUUGGACCUCACAUUGAUGUUUGGGCUAUGGGUGUUAUACUAUUUCAUCUUAUCUUUGGUAAAUAUCCUUUUGAGGGAGAUUCUAAUUUUGACAUCAUUUAAAACAUUACAAACAAUAACUAUACAUUCUCUAAAAAGAAUGUCUCUCCUUAUCUUAUAGACUUAUUAUCUCGUAUCUUCUUCAUUGAUCCUCAAAAAAGAAUUAAACUUUAUGACAUUCUCAAUCAUGAAUGGAUGAAAAUCUCAUUUGAAUAAGAAUACUUUGAAACCCCUUAAACUGUUCCAAGAACUUAAUUUCGAUUACCUUCAAUUGAAAAUCCAAAAUAACAUAAUCCACCUUUAAAAUAAAAAAAACUCAAUAGAUCUUUCACUCCUCUAAAAAAGAGUUCUCCCAGAAGACUCAAUAGUUUUAUCAUCAAAGGAGUUUUAAAAAGAUAUCAGUGA